AUGGCUCAACGUUCUCCAGUAAAUUUAAAUCUUGAUCCAAUGAGUCGAUCUCAAUCAAGCGCAUCAGUCAAAUCAAAUUUAACAGUCGACUCAACCAGAUCAUCAACAAGUAGCCAAAGACGACGUGGACUUUUAGGAAAAAUUGGAACUGGUGUUCAAUCAAUAUUUCGACGAUUUCGUCGGGCACGUACAACAUUAACUGAAAUGGAAAUUCAAAUAUUAUUAACAAUGACAAAUUUUACACGAGAAGAAGUUUUGCAAUGGCAUGAAAAAUUCUUAACUGAUUGUCCACAUGGUUAUAUGACUCGAAAACAAUUUAUAGCAAAUUACAAAUCUUUAUGUCCGAAAGGUGAUGCUGAACGUUUUGCUCGUCAUGUAUUUCGAGCAUUUGAUCUUGAUAAAUCUAAUACAGUUGAUUUUCAUGAAUUUCUUGUUGGUUUAUCUAUGACAUCAACAACAAGUUCAAUACGAGAUAAACUUCAAUGGACAUUUCAUGUAUUUGAUAUUGAUGGAAAUGGUUUAUUAACACGUCGUGAAUGUUUAGAAGUUAUUGAAUCAAUUGUUCGAUUUAAUCAAUCAUUACAAGGUGAUACACUUCAUCCAAAUAUGGAACAACCAAUGAUUUUAGCUAAACGUUCAAUGAUGAAUAUAUUUGAUAAUGUUGGUGAUGCUCAAAAUGAUAAAUUAACAAUGUCACAAUUUGUUGAAGGUUGUUUAAAAGAUGAAUUUAUUUCAAAAUUAUUAGCACCAGGAGCAACAAAUACAACACUAGUAAAUACUUAUGAUACUCCUUUGACAAGUUCAUAA